CUGUAUGAUUGAGGGCGCAAGUCGCUGAGCUCCGGUAGCACCUUGAAAUGUUGAAAUUCAUUGGAAUAACCUUGUUCACAUGUCUUAGUCUUACGUAUAAAAGUAUAUAACAGUAACAGUUGAGUUGAGUAGGGUCCGAGUAAAAAAGUAGAUCCACAUAACAUCCACCAUCUGUUAGAUUCUAUCUAUAUAUGUCUUUGUAUCUGCAGUCAAUGUUUUUACACCACCGUGAUAUCCUUUAAUUCUAUUUACGGACAUUAUUAUAAUUGUCAUCACAGAUCAUAGAAAUAGAAAUAGAGUGUUUUUUUACUCACAAGUGUCUUUACGUCUGCUGACUGCUGACUGCUGACUUCUGACUCUGACUGGGUUGUGUCGUAUUUAUGUUGAAAUUAAAACCCGAUACAGCUCUGUUUACAAUCACCGUACCAGUGUCAAUUAAUAAUUAAUUAAUUAAUUUAAAUAAUCACUUAGACCAAACCACUAUUUGUGUUUUUAUCUCACCAACAGCCAGGUUAAAAAGUUGGAAAAUAUUUUAACGCCAGAGUGAGUGAAAAUAAUUUAUUUACCGAGAUAAUAUUUUUGAAUUGUGGAGUUGAGAAAUUUCUGGAAGUCAUGGCUGAAACUAAUGACAAGGUUGACACCACCAACAACAAUGCAGGCACGUGUUGCGUUUGUUACAAGAAUGUUGAAAUCUACAGCAUCGGAAUGUGCGAGCAUCCCGUUUGUUAUGAGUGCAGCACGCGAAUGCGAGUGCUUUGCCAGCAGAACGAGUGUCCAAUAUGCCGCCAAGACUUGCCAAAAGUUGUCUUCACUCGUGAAAUAAAACCCUUCCGUCAUAUUCGCAAGGGGAAGCUCUUUGAUGAGCGCUAUAAUAUUUAUUUUGACGAUGAGGAGAUCCAAGAGGAGUUCACUAAACUCUUGGCUCAAGUCUGUACUAUUUGCGAGCCUAAGGAAGUCUUUAGUACGUUCAACAGUCUCAAGGAUCAUAUGAGAAGAAAGCAUGAACUACAUUAUUGUGAUCUUUGUGUUGAAAAUCUUAAGAUAUUCUCCUUCGAGCGUCGCUGCUACUCUCGAGCGGACUUAGCGCAGCACCGCCGAAAGGGCGACAAAGACGACAAGAGCCACAAAGGGCACCCCCUGUGCGAGUUCUGCGACUGCAGAUACAUGGACAACGACGAGUUAUUCCGUCACUUGCGGCGGGACCAUUUGUUCUGUCACUUCUGCGACGCGGACGGCCUCCACCAGUACUACAGCUCUUACGAAUACCUCCGUGAUCAUUUCCGAAGCGAGCACUACCUCUGCGAAGAAGGGACCUGCGCCGCCGAGCAGUUCACCAGUGUCUUCCGCAGCGACAUCGACUUAAAAGCUCACAUCGCAACAGCCCACGGAAAACACCUGGGCAAGCACGCAGCCAAGCAAGCCCGGACUCUAGAACUCGAAUUCGCCUUUGCGCCCCGUGAAAAUCGUAAUGGCCGUCAAAGUAGAGCCAUGGGCGGCUCUGGAGUCCGUGAUCGUAGCUUUUACGAUCACCCACUGGGAAUGGGAUCUUCAAGGGAGAACCGCGAAAGAGACAGCCAGGUGGAUGACAGCGAGGUCAACUGGGUCGAUGAACCCAUCGCUCGGCAGCCGGAUGUCCAAAGCACCGAAGAGUUUCCUUCACUGAGUAACUCUCAGACUGUAAUUCCUAAUUUCAAUUUAAUAAAGACCAAAGGAAGGGGAAAUUUGACGAUUAGGAGCAUGAUGAAGGGACCAGCGUUAGCUGUCACCGAUGAAAACUUCCCAGCUCUUGGUCUAGGUCUGGGUCUUGACCCUCCAGCAGCUAACAGCAGCAGCACCAGCAGUAGGACUGUUAAUUUAAGUGUCUCUAGCAAUAAAAAAGGCGCAACUCAGCAACGUCCUAAAAGCGCAGCGCCUGACGUAUCCAUCCAAGUAAACCACAACACCAACGGCAGCAUAACUACUCGCGUUUCUGGUCCGAAAAUCAGAAUAAGACCUUGUCAAUUAUCAAUGAAUGCUCAAGAGUUUCCUGCUUUGGGUCGCGCUGAGCCUACUACUUACACUGCCACUACUAAUGUAGGCCAGUGGACCAAAGUUACUUGUGUAAAACCAACCGUACAUAACAAAGUAGCUCCUGCUCCAAAGCUUGAGUCAAAAACGCCUUCACCGCCACCUAUGUCCAAUUGCAAUGCUUUUCCUAGCUUACCAAAAUCGACUCGCGCUAAAAAGCAACCCGCUUCCUCUUCCUCCACUAGCUCGGUAUCUUCUGCUUGGAACCAAAAAACAAGCGAAAGCUUGGAUGUUGCUAAAAAUAAUUCCAAGAAGAAAAAGAAGAAGAAAACUAAAGCUGAAGAAGAUUUGAGUGGUUUGUUGGUUGAGAGUAAAGUUAGUAAUAAUAAUUUAGAGGGGUCUAAUUCUAUUGGAAAAAAUGAGAGCAAUGAUUUUGGUAAAAAUUCUAAGAAAAAAGCUAGUAAUAAUUCUUCAUCGGCUUCAAGUACAACGACUAAAAGCUCAGACACUCCGAGAAAACGCUCGGAGUUAAAAAUAGAAAGCUUGAAUAAAGCUACGAAUGAUUUACAAGUUACUGAUGAUUUUAAAAAUCUAGAGUUGAAAAAUUCUAAAUCUAAUUCUAAUCCACCCCCGGGAUUUAGUAUGACAGCUCCACCGCCUCCGGGGUUCGCGGUUAAGUUGAUAAACCGUGAGGUUAAAAAUAAUGAUAAUGGAUUGACUUUUACAAGUAGCUCCGGGGAAAGUUACUCUAUUUUACCGGACAAGUCUACCAAAUUUGCCUACUCUCCGCCGCCUGAUUUUCAAAAGCGCAAUCAGGAGCUUGUGGCGAGAAUAUCAAAAGUUCUAGACCGGCAGGAAUCUAUUGAAGAGUUUAGGUAUGUAAGUGGACUGUUUAGACAAGAUUUGUGCAGUGCUGAGGAUUAUUACAGGCACUGCAGAGAUUCUAUGGGUGCUAAAGAGUUCGGGAGUGUCUUCUCGGAGAUGCUGGUCCUUUUGCCGGAUAUUCAGAAGCAAAGAGAGCUCUUUGAUGUUCAUAGAAAUGAAGGUGGGAAUAUUAUUCUUUUAGAAGUUUGUCCGACUUGCGAGCAAGUUAUUAAAAUUGGAACUGACGCCAAAGCUCAUUACUCCAGCCAUUCACGGGACAGCCACUUUCCGGCACUAGGAAGCGGUGGAGGGUCUCUGACCUCUAACUUCAACUCCUGGCGGAAAUUUACAUGAUCGUUUUUUUUUUAUUGGAAAAUUUUAUUAUAAAACGGAUUUAUUUUUUUUUUUUAGAGGUCAGAGAUUUCUUUUUUUUU